AUGGUGGCCUCAACUAUGAGCAGGCGGGCGCAAGUCGCAUCACGUGACGGCAAGGCCCCUGUGGGGAGAGGAGGAGAGGGGGACGGGGAGGGGAAGGAGGAGGAGGAGGAGGAGGAGGAGGAGGAGGAGGAGGAGGAGGAGGAGGAGGAGGAGGAGGAGGAGGAGGAGGAGGAGGAGGAGGAGGAGGAGGAGGAGGAGGAGGAUGAGGAUGGAGAGGGGAUAAGAACCAUGCGGCAGCAUGUGAGUCAGGAGAACGGGCGUGGAAGGUCAAGAAUGGACGUGGGGGGAAUGGGGCAGGAAACCAUGAAGGCGGAAUAG